AUGUUGUGGACUUUGAUUCUGAAAGAUGUUCGGAUCAUGAUCCGUAGUCCAAUCUACAGUGGAUUCGAAAUUCUGGUUACAACAGCGUUUUUCGCAUUUUUUGCCUUUUUUUUGCUUGUGGUGAGUGAACUUACAUCAAAAAUUCUUCGAUGAAACUUCCAGCAGCCUUGACAUUUCUCUGAAAAUGCUUUAAUUUAAUUUAAUUUCAGAAUACAAAGAAAGACGAACGAAUUUACCAAAGAAAUCAAAUCUCAACAUAUAUUUCUGAUAAUACAAUCAAUUCCCACCAAAAAUCUGUUUUUGAAAAUUCAGAAGACACAAGGAAAAAUUUGGAUGCGAUUCAAAAUAGGCAAGUUGCUAAUCUUGCAAGCUGGCAUCAGCUGAAUAUUGAAAACAGGGAAACAUUGUUAGUUUUCCCUCGGAAAAAUCAUCAAAAUCUUGAAUUUUCAGAUAUGUUGGAAUUUCCACGUCUUCUGAUGGUGAAUUGAACAACGCGACUGAUUUUACUGAUGAAAAUGGGAAAAUGCGUUUCGAUCUCACAUUUGUAACAACGUAUAAUUAGUGAGUUUUGUUAAAUAAGGCUCGAAAAAUUGAAAGAACAGAAAAGAAAAAAAAUUUUGAUGAGAAAAAGUACUGUAGUCCACAUUUUGUGUGCAUUGGUGUUUGCACACAAAACAUGCGCAAGCACCGGAUUUGACGACAUUUCGCAUUUUUAUUUUUUUUUUUUGAGCGCGUUUAAACGCGGAAACCUUUCCGCAAAGCGCGUGAAUCCUAUCAUUUUUUUCAGUGAUUCCAAAGUAGCCAAUGCCAUCUCAACAACUGCAACCAAUAUUUCAAGAACAACGAAAGUUUCCUAUUUUCAAAGCGAGGAAAUGCGAAAUUUCACAUUAAUUCUAAUUUAUGGCGCAUUCUCCACUUUCAUCGUUCUAGUUGUUAUCAAUAUCAUUCGACAUAACAUACAGGAAAAAUCCACGUUGCGGGUAAGAAAAUUGAAUAUCUAGAAAUGAUAGUAAAUCUGUUUUUUCAGACCUAUCUGGUGUCAAUUGGUCUGCCAGUUCAUACGUAUUUUCUCGCGCAGUUAAUCUUCAACUUUCUCAAAUGUUUGUUGAUUUUCAGUCCUGGAAUGGUGGUUUUGACAUUUAAUUUCAAGGUGAGCACGAAUUUUCACAAAAAAAAAACACGAGAUUCAAUUCAGAACACCUACACCGCCAUUUAUCUCUGCAUAACAAUGGUUCUAUUCUAUCUCCCAACAAUUUCCUUCGGUUUUCUGAUUUCAAGUUGGUUCAAAACUCAAAGACCCGCAGUUCUCGCAUGCCUUGUCAUUUGGGGAAUUAUUGUCGGUUUACCAUUCUAUUUAUACGACGAAAAUGUUUCCAAAUUGAGCUUAUAUUCACAUGCAAUUCCUUCGUAUUUCAUUUUCACCAUCAAUUUAUUUCAUGUUUUUCGAAUGUUAGAAGUUAUGGCAACAACUGAACAAAAUUCAUUUUGGUCUGCUUCUGAUCGUAUUUUUCCACUUUAUGCUCUCUGGAUUGGUCUGAUUUUCAAUGCUGUUAUGAUGUUCGGAUUGGCGAUUUUGUCGGAGAAAUUCGGAAAGAAUUGGACUCCGUGGAGCUGGUGGAAAACGGUAUUGAUUCAUUAUUUUCAGAGAAAACAAAUUUCAGAGAAAAAAUCAAAUUUACAGCGUCGCGCUCUUUCACGUCGCCUUGAGGAAAAUGAAUCUGAAAAUGAGAAUCAAACAACAACACCACUUCUAAUUGAACAAGACACAAGUGUUCGUCGAAAACUCGAAUCAGAUAUUGAUAUUUGUGAUGUUGUGAAAAUCUAUGAAGAGACUGGUGAAAUGGCUGUAAAAGGAUUGAAAAUGAGAGCAAUUCGUGGACAAGUUGCUGUAUUAUUAGGGCAUAAUGGAUGUGGAAAAAGUACAACAUUUUCAAUGAUUUCUGGAAUGAUUAAACCAACUCAGGGUGGGUUUUUUUUUGUGAUUUUUGUCCGAAAUUUGAAGUGCAUAUUUUUGUCUGAAAAUAUUCAGGUAAAAUUGGAACGAAAUUUUUAAAAUUUUCCAAUAUUUUCUGGCCCAAAGUUUGAGCCUGUGAAUUCAAAUGUCAAGCCUGUAAUUAGGACUUAAAGGCAGUUCGACAAUUAUUCCGGUUUUCCUCAAAGCUUAGUGUCAAACAUUGUUUAUUAUGAAACGAACCAGUGAAAAAAUUCCGAAAACAUGAAAGUUAAUACGAGCUGAGAGAAUCUUGUGUUUUCAAAAUUUCAAAUUGCCCCCACGACCAGCGGAUUUGUGUGUGUGCAAACACCGCGACGCACUUUUGCACAGGAAGAUUUGAAUUUUAAUAUUUUCACAAUAUUUCAUCUCUAUCUUUUGUUUGGUUCAAGUUUAGCCCGGUUAAAGUCAGAGGCUUCGUGGGUGGUCUCCGUCAACCGGAAUAGCUGUCUGACCGCCUUUAAAUUUGUGAAUAAUUUUGUCAGAAAUUCAAAAUUUUAUUACCAGAAAACGAUCGUUUUUUCAUCCUUUAUCACAACCCAGUUCUCAACCUCCUCGAAUUUUCCAGGUACAAUCCAAGUUGCUGGUCUUGAUGUUGUUUCGAAUUUGAAAGAAGCUCGUCAAAAAAUUGGAUUAUGUCCACAAUAUAAUCCAUUGAUUGAUAAGCUAACAGUUUGGGAACAUUUGAAAAUUGUUCAUAAAUUGAAAAAGGCUCAAAGUGAUUUCAAAACUGAAGCAACCGAACUCUUAAAAGCUAUCGAAUUAUUGGAUUCAAAAGAUGAGUUAUCCAAAAAUCUAUCUGGUGGAAUGAAGCGAAAAUUGUGUAUGUUAAUGGCUUUGAUUGGUGAAAGUAGUGUAGUUCUUUUGGAUGAACCAACAGCUGGAAUGGAUUCAACAGCUCGUGUUGAUGUACAAACAAUGCUUCGAAAAUGUAAACAUAAUCGAACAAUACUUUUAACAACUCAUAAUAUGGGUGAAGCUGAUAAAUUAGCUGAUUGGGUAUAUGUUAUGUCUGAUGGUAAAAUACAAGCAUCUGGAAGUUCACAAUUUUUGAAAUCGAAAUUUGGUGGAGGAUGGUUGGUUACUGUAGUUGUUGAGGAACCCGAGAAGUAUAAGAAUGUGCUGUUGCAAUUGUGCCAGAAAUUUGAAGAUGCGUCGAAAAUUGUGAGUACUGCUUGACAUUUAAAAAUCCCAUUUCCAAAAUCCAAAUUCCAGAAAGAUGUUCGUGGACAAAUGAUCGAGUUCUCAAUUCCAUCCGAAGAUAAAUCAAAAGUUAUCCAACUUCUUCAAUGCUUUGAAAAUAUCUCCGAGAAGAAUUUCGAUUCAGAAGUACUCAAAGAUUUUGCCGGAAAAAUUCAAAACAUAAAAAUAACGUCAAUCGGAGUGUCGUUGAACUCACUUGAACAAGUCUUCAUAAAUGUGAUUGAACAAUGUGAAAAGAAUGCAAAAAAGUUCAAAAAUGAAGAGAAAAAGCGGGAAACUUUGAAGAAAGUUAUUGCAAAUAAAUCAGAAGAUCAAAAAAGUUGCGGAAUAUUCAGUCAAUUUAUUGGGCUCUCAUUGAAAAGAUUGAUAUAUCUUCGAAGAAAUUGGAUGCUAAAUUUGUUGAAUAUUCUGAUACCUGCUCUAAUAAUGUGCCUUCUGCUCACUGAAAAUCUAGAUUCAAGCGGAUUUCUCAAAGAGAACAUGAAAGUAGAUGUGAAUUUGAUCCCGGAAAAUUCAAUUGUGAUUAUUCAAACUGAUUCAAUUGCUGGUUCAAAAUGGAUAAGAGAUUAUUUCGCAAAGAAUUCUGCGCUUAUAAUUCGAGAAAUUGAUACGAAAAAGAAAGUGGAAGAAAUUCUAAAAGAGGAACAGUUUUUCCGAAGAAUCUUUGUUAUAAUUCGAACAAAAGACGGAGGAAAAAAUGUGGAAAAAAUUCAUUUAGCCCAAUUUUUUGGUAUAAAUAAAAUUUAUCCUGAAAAUAUCAUGGCAGCUUUUCUGAAAGUUGAUUUGAAUUUUGAAUUUGUUGGCAAAUGGCAAUAUUAUCUACAUCCAAUUGUUGAUGUGAGUUUGAAUUUUUUUUUCAAUUUUUGAGCCUGAAAAAAAUUUUCGCAGGAUAAUAAUGGUGAAGAUGAUGAAAAAGUGAUAUAUUUGAUUGGUUUCGUGUGUUUCGCAAUUUAUUUUUCAUCUCAAAGUUCAUUUUUACACGUGGAAGAGCGGGUUUCGAAAUUCAAGCGACAACAAUUUCUGACAGAAAUGUCACCAUUUAUCUAUUGGUUUUCAAUGUAUUUUUGGGAAUUUGUCAUUUUCAUUGUGAACAUGUCGAUUUUAUUGGCAUUGUUUCCAAUCUUCCAAUCUGUUGAUGUUGUUUCGAGAUUGUUUCAGUGAGUUUUGAUUUUAAGAAGAUCAUUUUUUAUCUGAAAAUUGAGAAAAUUUCAGACUGUUAUUGAUGUGCUGCUUUGGUUGGAUCUCUUUGGCUCCAAUGUCAUUUAUCAUCUCAUUUUUGGUCGAUUCAUCAACAAAAUUGACGAUUUUCGCGAUACUUUUUGGAUUUAUUGUUCCGCUUCUCUAUGUGUACGCAUGUACGAUGCUUGAUGUUAGUUUUGAGCUCCAAAAUUUGAACUCUGAAAUUGAGCUAUGACGUGGCAGAGUUUGUGAUUCAGAAGGCUUCAAAAAAUAUGUAAAAAUCCAAUUGUUUCUAACAUGAGCAAUGUUUGAACUUCUUAUUUUCCAAAAAAAAUUAUUCUAGAAAAUCUACUGUUUCAUCAAAAUUCUCUAUUAAUUUUUUUUAGUUCGGGAAAAUCCCCAAAACCGAGAUUUUUCUAACAUGAGCAAUUUUCCAAUUUCUUAUUUUCCUAAAAAAAAAUUUUGCUAGAAAAUCUACUGUUUCAAAAUUACUAUGAAUUUUUUCAGUUCCCAUUUUUUUUAGUUUUUUUUUUCAUCAAUAAGUUUUACAUUUUUCGAAUUUGUUUAAAAUUUUCAAAAAUUUAAUAUGAGCAAUAGUUUGCUAUCAAAUUUUUAAAAAUAUAAUUUUUAAAAUUUUUGAAAAUUUAAUAUGAGUAAUGGUUUGCUAUCAAAUUUUUGAAAAUUUAACAUGAGCAAUGGUUUUCUCUCAGAUUUUUGAAAAUUUAAUUUUUUGAAUUUUUGAAAAUUUAAUAUGAGCAAUGGUUUUCUCUCAAAUUUUUUGAAAAUUUAAUUUUUAAAAUUUUUGAAAAUGUAAUUUUUUAAAUUUUUGAAAAUUUAAUUUUUUAAAUUUUUGAAAAUUUAAUUUUUAAAAUUUUUGAAAAUUUAACAUGAGCAAUGGUUUGCUAUCAAAUUUUCAUCAAAGUUAUUUUAAUAAAUGUGUUAAUUAACUAAAAAACUUCGAACUGAAAAAAUGUAUAGUAUCUUUGAAACAGUAGAUUUUCUAGAUCUGAUUUUUUUUUUUGGAAAAUAGAAAUUUUGAGGAUUGCUCAUGUUAGAUAAAAUUGGAUUUUCAUGAAAACUAUAUAUUUUUGAAGCCUUUUGAAUGCAAAAUGUGCCACGUCAUAGAUCAGAGUUGACUACAGCUAUUUUUUGACAAGAGGAUCAAAAUCUAUCAGAGUGUCCCCUCCAGAAAAAUUUAAAAAAAUAGAGCAUUGCUAAUGUUAGAAAAAUAGUAUUUUUCUUCUAAAUUUUGAACCUACAAUUAGAAAUUGCCUUUAAGUUCACAAAUAUUCCCCCUGUCUAAAAAAAAUGCAGAUUUUUUUCCCCAGACACCAGACAAUCUUCGUUUCCUCUUCCCAUCGCUUCCAUUUGCCACAUUAUGCCUUCUGAUCUAUAUUCCACAAGAUAUUCUCAAAUCAACUGACUUCAUUUCAUUAUUUCAUCCGCUAACCGUAGAAGAACAAAGGAACGCUGAUAUCGAAACGUUUUUUGGUGAGAAAUUUUGGAAAUCUGUUUUUCUAGGAACAUUUUUUUGCAGACAGCGAUUGUAUUCAACUCGCAAUUUCUGGCAUUUUAUACACUGUCCCAUUUUUCGUGUUCACAUCUCGAUUUCCACUUCAAAUUUGGUAUAAGACAUUUCAUUCGGAACAUUUAGCUGAAGAAAAAUGUCAAUUGGUAAGGGAUUUUGAUUUGGGCUAACAUCAAUGUAUGAAAUUUUUCCAGACAAUUGGAAGUUGCCCGAAUGUUCAAAAAGAGAGGGAAGAAAUCGAAAAAGAAGUGAUAAAUCAUGAAAAUUCGACAGUUGUUACAAAUGAAUUGGUCAAACAAUUUGGUGGUUAUCCAGCUGUAAAUGGCUUGUUUUUGGGUGUUCGAAAUGGUGAAUGUUUUGGAUUGUUGGGUGUGAAUGGGGCUGGAAAAACGACUACAAUUGAGAUUUUGACUGGAGAAAAAUUGGCGUGUUCUGGAGAAGCGAUGAUUGAUGGAGUUGAUGUGAGGAAAUCUGUGGUAAGCGAUUUUAAGCCCAAAAAUUCCUUUUAUAAAAUUUGAAAUUUCCUGAUUUUCCUGAAGAAAAGGCACAAUUUUAAGCAGAGGAAAUUGGCCUGAAAUUGGCUGAAAAUUCUAUAUUUUCAGACAAAAUAGCUCAAAAGGCCAUUUUAGGCCGAAAGAUCUUCAUCAGGCCUGUGCCGGAAAAAAAUCAAACUGAAAAUUUCCGGAUUUUUUGAGCCGGAAAAUUCGGAAAAUUUUUCAAAGUCUGAAAUUUCGAUUCUCAGCCUUAAGUUGGCACUAAAACUUAUUUUUAUCUACAAUUCUUCAAAAAUAUGAUAAAAUUUGAAAAAUUGAAAAAAAAAUUCCAAAAAUUUCAUUUUUUCUACUAUAAACUGAAAAAAUUUCUCAAAAUUUAGGCAAAUUUGUAAAUAUUAUUACUAAAGAUCAUUUUCCGGAUUUUCCGAGCACAUUUUCCGGAAAAUCGCAAAAUUGAUUUUUCGGUGAAAAAAACCGGAAAUUCCGGAAAUUCGGAAAAUUUCCGGCACAGCCCUGAUCCUCAUAAAGUCCUAAUUUUUCAAAACAUCAAACUUCAGCCCAAAUCCCAAAAAAAUUCCAGAAAGUCGGAUUCUGCCCGCAAUUCGACGCAAUUCUUCCCGAUCUCACCGGCCGUGAAGUUCUCGAGAUUUUGGCUCGCCUACAAAACUACAAAAAUCCAUCGUCGAUGGUUGAAGAUCUCAUUGAUUGUGUUGGAAUGCGAGGAAACACAUCGAAACCAAUCAAAUUGUGUAGUGGAGGACAAAAACGAAAGAUUUCGAUGGCUUGUGCGAUUUUGUCACGUGGAAAAUUGUGUAUUUUGGAUGAACCGACAGCUGGAGUUGAUCCGAAAGCUAGGAGAGAUUUAUGGGAUAUUGUUGGAGGGAUUAGAGAUGGAAAUUGUGGAGGGGGAGUUUGUGGAAGUGCUGAAACUACUGGAACUGCCACUGGAACUACAGCUACAUCAGGAACUAGGACCAAAUCAGUUAGUAAAGAAGGAUCUGAACAAUACUCGAGUUUCUUGCUAACUUCCCACUCUAUGGAAGAAUGUGAAGCAUUGUGUACUAGAAUUGGAAUAUUACGAAAAGGUGAUAUGAUUGCAUUGGGAAGUUGUCAAGAACUCAAAUCAACCUAUGGAAAUACAUUCACUCUUACAAUUUGUUUGAAGUUAUCCGAAGUUUCGCAAAAUGAGAAGAAGAAGGAGAUUGUGAGAGAAGUGAAGGAGAAAUUUGCGGCGAAUUUGUUGACUGAUGAAAAUGAUGAUGUGGCGACGGAUUUGGUUUUUGAGGUGGGGGUUUUUUUUUGGAAAAUUGAAACCAAAAUUAGUACUGGAGUAUCCUGAAAUUAUUGAAAAAUUUGAAAUUUUUACAUUAAAAAAUAUUUGGAAAUCAAAAAAUUCAAUUAUUUUUAUAUAAAAAAAGGUUCUGACCAAGACCUAAUUUAGAAGGUACUUUGGACUUCCGAAUUCUGGGAACCCUCAAAAAAUCUCCUAAAUUUCCAGAUUCCUCGCUCAAAAACUGAUAAAUGGUCCACAAAAAUGGCAGAAGUCAAAAAAUUGGCUGAUGAAAUGGAAAUAAAAGAUUAUUACUUGGUUCAAUCAUCACUCGAAGAUGUUUUUAUCAAAAUGAACUCGCAAAGUAUUGAAAAGAAGGAUCCGCAGAAUACGGUAUGA